CGCCCGGCCUCAUUUGCAGGCGCUAGCAUGGGCUGAACCUGCUCUGCUGCUCCUGCCGCCGCCGCUGCCGCCUCCUGAUAUUGGGUGUUCGGAAAGGCCAGCCAGCUGUCGGCUUCAUGGCCACGGAAGCCGCCGCCGCCGCGGGACCCGGCGCCCGGUUGCCCUCGUCUCCGACCCAGCGAGAUUUCUACUGGCUGCGCUCCUUCGUUGCCGGAGGUGUUGCUGGAUGUUGUGCCAAGUCAACCAUUGCACCAUUAGAUCGAGUAAAGAUUUUGUUGCAAGCUCACAAUCAGCAUUAUAAACAUCUAGGUGUGAUUUCUACACUUUGCGCUGUACCAAAGAAAGAAGGCUUCUUAGGAUAUUAUAAAGGAAACGGAGCAAUGAUGAUUCGAAUCUUUCCAUACGGUGCAAUUCAGUUUACAGCAUUUGGUCAAUAUAAAAAGGUGAUAAAGAACAGGCUUGGCAUUUCUAGUCAUAUUCAUCGGUUAAUGGCUGGAUCCUUAGCAGGUAUAACAGCAGUGAUCUGUACAUACCCCCUUGAUAUGGUGAGAGCACGGCUGGCAUUCCAAGUAAAAGGGGAUCAUAAGUACAGGGGAAUUAUUCAUGCAUUCACGACCAUUUACACCAAGGAAGGUGGUAUGCAAGGAUUUUAUCGUGGACUUAUGCCAACAAUAGUCGGAAUGGCUCCAUAUGCGGGUUUCUCAUUUUUUACCUUUGGUACCUUAAAGAGUGUGGGACUUGCUCAAGCGCCUACCCUGCUCGGGAGGCCUUGCUUAGAUAAUCCUGAUGUCUUAGUUUUGAAAACUCAUGUAAAUUUGCUGUGUGGUGGCAUAGCUGGAGCCAUAGCACAAACAAUAUCAUACCCUCUAGAUGUCACUCGUAGACGAAUGCAGUUGGGAGCCAUACUUCCUGAUUCUGAAAAAUGUUGUACAAUGACUCAAACAUUGAAAUAUGUUUAUGGAAACCACGGAAUACGAAGGGGAUUGUACCGUGGAUUAUCAUUGAAUUACAUCCGUUGUAUUCCUUCUCAAGCUGUUGCCUUCACCACUUAUGAAUUUAUGAGGCAGUUUUUACACCUCAAUUAAAGACUGAUGAUCACCCCCCCCCCAGUUUAUAAUGUAUUGAACAGUAAGUUUCAGAAUAUAUUUGAGAAAUCACUAGUAUUUAAAGUGUUUUCUUUAAUAUAUGAAAACACAGUAAAAAAUUGAAGGAGCUCAACAAAACUUAGCAAAGUUUACUAUGUAUUUUGUAAGAAUGGAUAUAUGGUUUACUUAACUGAAGUCUAUGUGGUUCCAAAAUACUGUAUGUUUGUGUCCAACUUUAAGAAUUUGAUCACUUUUUUAAAUUUAGGAUUCUUUUUUAAAGAUGUCUGUAUGCCUUAGCUAAAAUAUAAGCUGUAGGCACACUUCAAAUGACAUUCCAUGUAAUUGAAUUGAAAAUGCUUAUUUGCUUAUUUGGUUAGGGAUGAUGUAUCAU